UGGCGCCCUCAGGAAAAGUCCAGUCACUUCCUGAACAGUAAUCUGCCUGGGAGCAGCAGAUAGAUUCUCAUUGUUUGCCAUUUCCAGUUUCCAGUAAUGGGAACGAUUACUUGAUCUGGCCAGUUUCAGUUGAAGAUUUGCAAAAAUGUACAAAUUUUAAUGGCAGAAUUUUAUUAGUUUCCAUAAAACAAUUUUUUUUUUUUUUUUUAAAAAAAAAGAAACUGAUUUGAGGACCUGGUAGCAAAUUACCUCUGAUGAUGAAUAUUGUUUUAUUUUGUAAUUAAGUGUCUGUUCUUCAGGAACGAGAUGCAUCUUGCUCUUCUGGUGAUUUUCUUGCAGUGUUCAGGAGUUUACACUCAGGAAAGAGUUUUUACCUUCAACAGUGUUGAAAUCAGGGCUGAGCCAUCUGCCAAAGUGAAGAAUGGAGAUCCUAUGUCAAUUAUAUGCCAUGCUGAUAUUAGCAAAAGUGCCAAUUUCCACCUACAGCAUAAUAUUACAAUUUUUAAGGAUGGCAAGCUUGUAUAUAUGAUUGUAUCAGACGAAGAAGUUGCACGAUAUGAAGUACCUAUCGCUAGAUCUGCAGAUACAGGAGAAUAUGAAUGUACUGUGAAAGCAGAUGGAAAGACAAAAUCUAGUAAAUCGUUACAUGUUUGGGUAACAGGAAUGACCAAACCAAUCCUGACUGCUGAGAAAAGAGAAGUUUUAGAGGGUGAAGUUGUAAAAUUACGUUGUGAGCUGCCAGAAGAAGUACCUCCUUUACAUUUUCUUUUCCGGAAGACAAAGACAAAUUCAACUCCUAAAGAAAAACUUGUAUUUGAGGCAUACAGGAAUUUUUCUACAGUGGAAUUUUCUGUUGAAGAGGGGGAUAAUAUUUUGUACUUUGACUGUUUUGGUAGGAGAUUUGUGAAAUAUAUAAACUCUGAACUUGAAAGUUCAGAACCCAGCAACAGAACACUUGUUACUGUCAAGGAACCAUUUAUAAAGCCUUCUCUGAUCAUCAAGUCCACAAGUAAUAUUACAGAAGGAGACAGAAUAGAGUUUGAAUGCUCAACUGUAGUAGCUCGAAUGCGUGACAUUGAAAUCAUACUUCAGAAAAACAAAACAAUACUGAAUAGUGUACGAGAUGAGAAACUUUUGAAAUAUUCUGCAGUUGCUACUCUAGAGGACAGUGGUGAAUACCUGUGUAAGGUGGAGCAAGGGAGAGCAUCUAAAACCACCAAACUCAAUGUUGUUGUGGCAGAGUUAUUCCCCAAGCCAAUAUUGUCUGCUUCUCUGAGCAAGCUUGAUGAAAAUAAAGAAUUAACUUUGAGUUGCAGCAUUAGUGGUUUUCGAAAAGCUAACUUCUCUAUAUUACGGAGAAAUUCAAAUGGAGACAUCUUGUUGAAAAAUUCUAGAAACCUAACAAUGAGAGUUAAUGUGAAUGAUACUGGAUCCUAUAUCUGUAAGGCUGAAGUAAAAGGAAUUGUCAAGGAGAGCAAACCUGUAAGGAUAAGUGUUUAUGCUCCGGUCUCCAAGCCAACUCUUUCUGUUGUCAGUGGUUUACCGGAGGUGGUGCUGGGGAAACCUCUACAGUUGAUCUGUCGUUUAAUGAUGGGAACACCGCCAAUAACAUUCACAUUCUACAAAGGAAAUGAAGUUAAGAAAGUGGUAAUUAAUGACACAUAUGCUACAUUCUUGGAUGAAAAUAUUAGACAAAAUGACAAAAGAGGAUACAAAUGUGAAGCUAGAAAUAAUCACUCUAGCGGCGUGAAAACUAGCAAUAUUCUCAACAUCACAGUAAUAGUACCAAUCAGGAAUGCCAGCUUGGGCAGUAUUCCAUAUGGGGAUGUGGAAGAUGGCAGUGGGACUGCUUUUCUCUGCUCUGUCAAAGAAGGAUCUUGGCCAAUCCACUUCAAGAUUUUUAAAAAAUCUGAUCACGAUACUCUUUUAUAUGAAAAAACCGAAAGCACAGACAGAAUCGUGUGGCACAAGGAAACAAUGAGCAGGCAGGAUACAGGGACAUAUUACUGCAUGGUUUCUAAUCGAGCUAAGGUGAAUGUGAAAAGCCAUCCAAUAACCAUCAAUGUCAUCUUAGCGUCUUGGCAGAAAGGAGUCAUUGCUGCAUUUGUCCUCAUACUUAUCGUAGGAGCAAUAACUCUCACUGUAUGGUGGUUUUUAUGUAAGAAGAAAAAGGCUAAAGAAUCAUCCAUGGAGAUGUCUCGAUCUGCCUUGGCUACAAACUCAACAAAUGAAAAACUGGCAAGACAGCACAAUGAUGGAGACUACUAUUCUGGAUCAGGUUACAUUGAAGAUGGUGAAAAUCACAUGAAAUCAACAGAUGAAAAUAAAGGACCUGACCUUGAGAGUGCUGAGGUGGAGUACACUGAAGUUGAAGUAUCAACGCUUGAUCCUCACAGAGCUCCUGUACAGAAGGGGACUGAAACAGUUUAUAGUGAAAUCAGAAAAGCUAAUAAUGAUUCUAUGGAAAACAGGCAUUCUAGAAUACAAGGGCAUCCUGAUGCUACCUAGAGUACUCAUCUCAAACAUCAUCUGGGAGAAGAAAACAAGCCGAGAUGGAAGAUGUUGCAACUGUUUCAAAAGCUCUGCAGCACUUACUUAUGAGUUUGCCAGGCUCUUCUUUCCAAAGUUUAUUUCCUCAAGGGGAACAAAAGAGAUAUUCCUAAAGCAUUUAAUGGAAAAAAAUGCAAAAAAAAUUCUCAUAGGAAAGUGGCUCAGGAAACCACUGACCUGGGUUCCCAUCUUUAAUUUCCCCUGCUAAUGAAAUUUUGUCUUUCUAGCCUCCCAAUUCAUCAUGCUCUGAGGAAAUAAAAGGGGAAACUAUGGCUGAGAAAGUACAUUUCUGCAGUGCAGUAACUACUGUGAUGCUAAUAGAAUGUAGAAAUAUCUAAGCUUGCUUUAAUCUAGCUAACUUGGUAAUCAGUAACACUCUACUGUGGCAGAACAGAGCUCAGCACAGCCUGCCCAGCCAUGUAUGUACUUCGAUGUGAUCUUGCAUCUUGCGCUGAACUCCCUGUGCUGCAGCAGCUGGACUGCUACCAGUCUUGGAGCCAGCUAAUUUAUAGCUCAUUUGGAUGCUACGCUGCAAUUAGGGCCUAACAGAAGAGUGAGCUCUGGGCUCUCUAAAAACUUGAAUAACUGUUCAGAGAUUCAGUACUUUACCAAGUGCUUCUCUCAGUAGAGACACAAAUAUUCUUUAUUCUUUGCUAAACUGCUUUUUCCUUCUAAAAGUUCUGAUGUUGUUGGUUAGUUUGCUAUGAUGGUUCUUCAAGGAAUGAUUGCUAAUCAUGCUUAUUUUGGAUGAUGCAAAAUAAACAUCUUGAGUGGGUGGAUACUACACCGAGGUCGGUGAGUUUGUAUCUGAAAAAACAGUUAUGUAUAAUGCUUAUUCCUGGGAUUUUAGGAGAGAUCUAAAGUUAUACUUGUGCCCAGCUUGUCCACUACGGAACUCCAUACCUAUUCCUCUUCUCUAUAGUAUGAUAAAUGAUUAUCAUGGAUCCAGUUCUGGACCUGGAUCUAAUCUCUGAAGCCCACGUUUUUUUCAGUUGCAUUAGUUUAACAGAAAAACAAAAAGUACCGUCCUUUAACAUCCUUUAAGAAGCUGGUCUCUGACACUGCAAUUGCUCUCCUUUUCUUACUGCAGAUUAAAUUACUACAAGAUCUGGGCCACAGGUAAGAAGGUUCUCAUUUUAAUUAGAAAGAGAAGACAUGGAUGUGUAUAUACAUAUAUAGUUACUGCUUAAAGCAUUGCAUCAAAGGCACAAAAUCAGCAAGAAAUACAAAAAGGUUUUAUAUCUUCAUUCCAAACUUUUAAAUUUUCAAGCUCAAGUUACUGGCUAGUAUUUCUAAUUUAUUGUUCCCCAUGCAAAUGUUUUUUGUAUCAUAAGCCUUUCACAAAUGACUGAAUUCUGAUGAAAGAUGUUCAUUCUAGCAUCCCACAAGUGUCCAUACAAGUCUGUUACUAUAGGGAAUGUGAAAAGGUGUUCUAAUAAAAAAAACUCUGAACUGAAC